UGUUGGAGCCCGCAGACACGUCCCCUCCGUUGCAGAUUGAUUCCCAUCGCGGCACCGCAUUGUCCCAAGUCUGAGACCCAAGUCUGAGACCCAAGUCUGGAUUGGAUUUGGGUCCCAAGGUGAGACCCAAAUUUGGACUCGAGGUCCAUUGCCUCCUUGAAUUGUCAGUCACACCAAGUUGGAGCUGGUGCUGGAGCUGGAGCUGGAGCUGCAGUUGGGAUUGGCUAUUCGAGAGGAUUACAUUGCAGCGAUCCGUGCGGUGCAGGGAUACCAUGAGACGCCUUGGCUGUAUUGUUUCGCUUGAAGGAUUAUUAUUGCGGUUAUCACGUGGCGUGCGCCACAUCUAAUCGAGUGCAGAGAUUUUCUACAAUCAGUAAUUGCUCGAGGGGGCCGAUGGCGGUGGUGAGCAGUAGGAGCGUUUUGCCUUGUGCUCAAUUUAUGCAAUGUAGGCUUCAGUUACAGUCUUUGGGUAAUUUUCCAGCUGGAGGCUUGGGCGGGAGUUUUCUAGGAUUGGCGAGAAGUGGAUGCAAACGAGGUGUAGUUGUAGUUGCUAAGGUUUCAAAAGGCAAAACUCAGAAACCCAGUGGUUCUGUUACGAAAUUCAGUGCUCCGGUGUUGACAGAAAUUCCUGUCGAGGAGAUUGAGACUAAACUGCAAUCUGCACAGGUGAAAGAAGUGGAGAGGGUUAAGAGAGUAGAGGUGGAUUCGGACAUAAUUGUGCAGAAGUUGUGGAGGAAAGUGGUGCGGCAGCUGGCGUCGCUGCCGCUUGCCAUAGCCGAGCUCUUCGCCAUAGCUGGGUUGUCAGCCGUGGGAACGGUCAUUACGCAAGGAGAGAGGCCAGCGUGGUACUUCCAGAAUUUCCCCGAUUCCAAUCCAGUGUUGGGCUUUCUCUCAUGGCAGUGGAUCUUGGGAUUAGGGUUGGAUCAUGUGUAUACGUCCCCAAUCUACUUGGGUCUCUUGGCGAUGCUUGCAGGCUCUCUUAUGGCUUGCACUUCCACCACGCAGCUGCCCAUAGUUAAAGUCGCUCGCAGGUGGUCGUUUCUGAAGUCUACUAAAUCAUUCUCCAAAUUAGACAUCACAGAUUCGCUUCCGAAAGCUCGACUCUCUGACCUGGGCAGCGUGCUGUUGGGCCAUGGAUACCAAGUUUUUGCAAGAGGUCCGUCGCUGUACGCAUUCAAAGGCCUUCCUGGAAGGCUUGCACCUAUUGGUGUCCACGUAGCUCUUCUUUUGAUUAUGGCAGGAGGAACUGUUAGUGCUGCAUGCAGUCUGAGGGGUACGGUCAUGGUUCCCCAGGGACUGGACUUCAGAAUCGGUGAUGCUCUGGGAAGUGGGUUUCUAGGCCCGGAUGCCUCUGUGCUAGAUUCACGAGUUCAUGUUAAUAAGUUCUACAUCGAUUACCGAGAGAAUGGACAGGUAGGGCAGUUCCAUUCCGAUCUGGCAAUUGUCGACCCACAAGAUCAGAUAGUGUCCUCUAAAACCAUCAGUGUUAACGAUCCCAUGCGGAUUGGAGGAGUCACGAUGUACCAGACAGACUGGGGCAUUUCAGCAGUGCAGCUUCGGGUGGACGGCAGCCAGCCUUACAACCUCCCCAUGGCAGGCUUGCAGACAGGUGAUAACAAACUAUUUGGCAGCUUUCUCCCUCUUGGUGACCAAGGCGCGGCCGAUGGAAAGGGCAUCUCCAUUCUGGCUCGUGACUUGCAAACCGUAGUGUUCUACGAUCAGGAGGGCAACUUCGUGGGCGUUCGUCGUCCGGGAUCCAAGAAAGCUAUAACAGUCAAUAACGUCAACAUCGUUGUGGAUGAUUUGAUCGGCAGUACUGGGUUGGAACUCAAAGCCGACCCUGGUGUCCCCGUUGUGUAUGCUGGUUUCGGUGGACUUAUGCUCACGACGAUCAUCAGCUACCUCUCCCACUCGCAGGUAUGGGCACUUCAGGAUGGAAGUUGGUUGGUGGUCGGUGGGAAGAGUAACCGAGCUAAACUGGACUUCGAGCGGGAGCUGAACGAUCUUCUGGACCUUGUGCCGGAGGUUCCAACCCUCGAAGAACCCGUAGAGUCUCCUCAACAGUAGUGUAUUCAAAUCUAAAUAUUGCUAUUAUAGUCGAUUGUCAUGGGGAUAAUACAGGCGUAUAAACUUCUUAGAGAGUUGAUAGAUCAAUGGUUGAACAUUCUUUUGGUGGCCGGGUGAAGCUAGAAUAUGCGGCUGCGUCGAAAGUUCGGAGAGCCUUUGUGUAAUGGCGCCCCGAAACUUUACAAGAAAGAGAUUCUCCUAGAUUGAAUCUAGCCAUGAUUUAGAGCUUUGGAUUCUGGUUAAAUUUCAAUGUAAAUUUGCACCGGAGUAUAGUAUGCAUUAAAGAAAUGCAGAAUAUUUAUGGACUAGCUGAAGAUCCUAUCAUGUAAAAUUUAGCUAGUUAGUGUCAACCGUGAAAGGAAUGGCUACCGUUUUUAUUCGUUCAGAAGGUUCAUCAACUCGAUGACAGACGUUUGUGAAAGAUAGUUUUGAGUAACGAUAGUCAUAGUAGAACAUUUUGGAAAGGCUGACAGCAUCAAUGAAUGUGCUCAUGGUUUUGGAAAUGGAACUUUGGUGACCGGCAUUUGCCCAUGAUC